AUGGGUUUAUUCACAUUUUUGUGUUUGUUCGUACUGCUUUUAUGUGUUGCGGGUGUUUUCUUCCGGAGUAAAAGGUGGGAAUUUUUCAAGAUUCAUUGAAAAUAUAUUGCGAAAUUCACUAAAUCAGCAAUUUUUUAUGUUUUUCUCAUUUUCUAAAGAAUUGAGAAUAGAAAAAUACUUUCCCUUGAGAAAAAAAAGACUUUCAAAAGCAACGAUAGUAUCUGAAUUGAACUUUUAAAAUUGCAAAAUCGAAACUAUUCAAAAAGUGAAGUAUUGAAAAGUAAAAUCUAAAAACAGAUAUUUACAAAAAAUUUAAGGAAAAAUGGUAUAAUCGCGUUUUUCCACCCUUAUUGCAAUGCUGGAGGCGGCGGCGAGAGAGUUUUAUGGUGUGCCAUUCGAGCGAUGCAAAAACAGUGAGAUUUACACGAAUUUAUCAGAAAAAUGAUAAAGUUAACGGUUUUCCGGUUUCCUGCGUACCGCCUUUACGUAUACACGGGAGAUUUUGAGGCUUCAAAAGAGCAAAUUCUUUUGAAAGCUCACCAGAGAUUCGGCAUCGAUCUGGACCCUGCUAGAAUUCAUUUCAUAAAACUUAGGUUGGUGUUGAAAUGAUUGGUUCUUUUGCAAGAAAGGAAUAAUUUGAAGACUGAGAAGAAUUGUGGAGGCCGAUUUGUAUCCGAGGUUGACAAUGUUGGGACAGGCGAUUGGCGGUGGGAUUCUGGCCUUGGAAGCUCUUUUCAAGCUCAAUCCUGAGGUAUAUCGAAAUACUCUAUGGGAGCGAAGUCAUUGAAUGAAUCUGAAAUUUGAAAAAAAUUAUUUUUUUAAUAUUUUUCAUUUUCAAGGAAAUAAAAAUACAGAAUUUUUGCGGUCAUUCUGUGUAAUAUUUGAGAGAUUCGAACCCAAAAAAAGCCCAUUUUUUUGACCAAUUUAUCUAUUUUUUUCCCGGAAUUUAAAAAUUUUUUUAAAUUGAAAUCCGCGAUUUGCGAUUAUAAAAUCUAGCGUAAACAUCAAGAAAUAAUAAUUUUUUUGAAUAACUUGAGAGGUUGAAAAUUAAACAGCGCUUUCGUAGAUUUUUCGAACUCCAGAAACCAUGGAACUUCCUUCUAAUAAAUUAUUCAUUUAUUCCAUCGAUUUCUCAUAACUCUUUCCCAAGGCAGUCAUUGACUCAAUGGGCUACCCACUCAGUCUGCCCGUUUUCAAACUUUUCGGCGGAGCUAAGGUCGCCACCUACGUUCAUUACCCUACGAUCUCUUGCGGUUUGUACUCGGCUCCAAAAGAAAAAAAAGUUUUUUUUCUGUCUCCCAGACAUGAUUGAACUCGUCGAAACACGAAGAUUCUCUUUCAAUAAUUCGCAGCUCAUCGUCGACAGCACCAUGUUGACGUAUAUUAAGGUUUCUCUUUGGGAUUAUAUUUUAAUUUUUUCUUUCGGUCAAAGUUUCUUAGUUUGCCCAGAUAAAUUGGCACAAUGAAGAGCUUUUUAGAACGUUUUUUUGCGUACUUUUUAGGAGUCCGGUUUGUCAAGGAACUCGAGAAUUUUUUAUGCUAAAAUCAAAAUUUUUUCAUUUUAAUGAUUUUUCUUCCAAAUAAUUUUUUUAUUAAGAGAUGGAUUGAGAAACUAAAGUUUUUUUACUUCUUCCCGUUUGUGGAAAAAAAUAUGUCAAAAAUUAUAUAUGUGCUGUAAUUUACUUCUUUUUAGGUUUUGUACUACCGAAUUUUUCGCCUUUUUGCUAUUGGCUGGCUGGCCGAGCAGCCGACCGCGUCAUGGUCAAUGGGAGGUAACAUUUUACGAGUUGAUUUUUUUGUUUUUUUGAAACCUGAUAUAAAAAAACAUACAAUCUCCGAAAAAUAUUUUUCAAUUGGAUUUUUCUAAUGAUCUCUUUCCAGCUGGACCCAGCAUCACAUCACGUCGAUUUGGCGACGUCGCGACGUCGAUAUCGUGUUUCCGCCUUGCGAUGUCGGCGUCCUUCAGUCCGUGGAAUCGAUCGCCGAGGAAUUGUUCGUUUUUUUUUUAAACUUCAAUGUUUCAAAUACUAUUUUCCUAGGUUCACUUCAAGCAAAGUUCUACGAAUUUUGGCGGUUGGCCAAAUUCGCCCGGAGAAAAAUCAUCGAUUCCAGUUGGAAAUUCUCCGUGAAGCCAGCGAUUCUUUGCGAAAAGAAGGUAUCGAGGUCGGUCUUUGUGAAAUUUUUCAUCACUGGUAACGCAUUUUCAAUGAAAAAGAGAUAUUGAAACAAUUUCAAGAAGUUUUUAUGUGCAGGUUGUUCAUAUGCAGUUGAAGUUUUCUUUCAAAAGCAAAAAAAUACUUUUUGAAGGGGUAUUAAAAAAAAUUUUUGAAAGUUUUUUCGCUAGGUUUUUUUUUCUAAAAUAAGAAAUGCAUAAGUGCGUGAGAAAUUUUCUUUUCUUUCUCUUCUUUUGUUAGAUUUUUUAUUUUUCAGGUUCGUCUUUGUAUUGCCGGCGGAUGUCGUGACCGGGAUGAUGAAAAAAGAGUUGGAGAGUUGAAGGUACCCCUUUUUUAUCGUUCUCUGCGAGAAAAAAAGUUUUUUUUUUUGCAAAAAGACCUUCCGAACUUUCCAGAAAUACGCAGAACAAUUGGACGUGACGUCACGAUUGGACUGGAAACUCAAUGUUCCUUAUGACGAACUCGUCGAGGAAAUGUCGGUCGGAUUGUUCAUAAUUAAUCAGUUUUAACACUCUGUGUGAUUAGAAAUCGAUGAUUUCGCUUCACACGAUGCACAACGAACAUUUCGGGAUUUCGGUGGUGGAGGGCCUCGCCGCUGGAAUGAUCACUUUGGCUAACGAUUCUGGUGAAAAUCUUGCUAGAUUCUAGGAAAAAUCAUAGAAAAUAUACUCUUUUUUUCGCGACUUGAAACUGCUUUCUUUUCUCUGCGCCCUCCUCGUCUCUCGGCCACCCUCUCAUAAUGACGUGAUAUUUUCAUGUUUCUCUGACCUUGUCAGUGAGGGACCAGAGAGACGCAGACACUCGAGAAGUGUCAAGUCGCGGCGAACAGGAUAUAAUAUGGCAGCGUUUCGAAAAAAACUUUUAGAGAAAGUCAAUUUAAUCAAUUUAUUUUCGCAACAUCGGGAUGGUAUGGUGAUGUUGCAGGGAGGGAAAAAGACCACUAGGUGGAUCAACUAACCCCAUCUGUGAAGAAAAAAUUUUUGUGUGAGAAAAGAAAAAGUCAAAGCAAAAAGUUCAGUUUUGAGAGAAAUUAGAUAAUUAAAGGUCGAUUCUCAUUCUUUUACGUCUAUUUUUCCACAUCAGAAAGUGGGAAUAAUUGGCUUUGAAAUUAUUGAGAUUCAGAAAAAGCUUUUUGUUCCGAUUCCUACAAAAGGAAUGUUUUUUGAUCUCCGUAAAAUUCCUAAUUUUUCCUCUUCUCAAAAAAUCUUGAAAUUUUUUCGAAUUGAAAAUUUCGCAAUGUCUUGUUGACUUUUUCCAAUUUCAGAUCCAAAAGUCCUUAUUUCUUUUCAUUUCUCAUUCUUCGUUUCUUUUUUCUCUGUGUGUGCUUCCGAGAACUAAUUCGAUUGUUUAGGAGGCCCCCAAAUGGAUAUUGUAAAAGAUCUGGACGGCCACAGCACCGGAUACUUGGCCAAAACCAAAGAAGGUCCUUUUUUUUUGCUUUUUCUUUCAAAUUGAACUGUGUUUUGUAGUUUGAGAAUGUUCUAUUUCAGAAUAUUGCCACGCAAUCGCCAAGAUAAUCCGCGAGCCGCGACAAAUUCGCGACGAGAUUCGAAAAUCCGCACGAAAAUCGUCUGAUCGGUUCUCCGAGGAGCGAUUUGAGGUGGAUUAUAUUAUUUUUAGCUUGAAGAAACGCUGAAAGUUCAAAUACUCUCAUUUCUUGAUCUUUGUCUUUUUUUGAUUUUUUUCUAGAAAAAUGAUGAAUUUUUUUAGAAAGUAGUUGAAAAAUCUUUUUCAAAUUUUUUUCAAAAAGCUUCAUGUAAUUUUUUUAGGACACCGACUUUAAAAAUAAAUUUUGGUGAUUUUUCUUUUUUUAUCGGAGAGAUUUUUAAGCUUUUUGUGUCUUUGAUUAAAUAAAAAAACAUCGAAAAAAAUUUUAAAAAAAUACAAAGAGUGAAAAAAAUUUAUUUCGAGAUUGUUAUAAUUGAAAAAUUUUUUUAGUUGUGUUCGAAAAACAAAAAAAGAGAAUACAAAAAAACCUUGAAGUCAUUUUUUUAAAGUAAGCAAGUCUACAGGGUGGCUCAAAAUUACCCGCACAAGCUAUAAAUGCUGUAUAAGAAAAAGUAAAAGUCAGAAAUCCAUGGGAAUCAACAAAAAGUUUAUUCAUGAUCAUAACAACAAUUAUAAGCUAAUCCUGUUCCAUUUGACUUCCUCUCUUUGCGAUGACAGUACGAAGACGCCGAGGGUACGCGACGAUGGUUGCACGCAGGUAAUCUGGCGACAAAGUGUCUCAUUCCUAGACCAGGGUCUUGUUCAGGGCCUCGAUACUUAAGGGGGAUUUGCCGUUGACCUUGUUUUGCAAAACCCCAGAAGGAGUAGUCCAAAGGUUUGAGGUCUGGUGAAAAAGGUGGCCGUUAGUCCUUCGGGAUGAACGCAGGCAAAUGGGUCUCGGACCACUGUUGCGACAACUUGGCUGCGUGUGCUGGAGCACCGUCUUCUUAGAGCAUCCAGGGACGUCUAUUGAAGUCCUUCUGAGUCCAGGGAAGAAGUGUCUUCUUCAAAAUCUCCGAAAUGAAAACUUCCUUGUUGAUUUUUACUUCUUGAUCGACAAAUAGCAAUGGUGUCUUGCGAUCAGCAGACUCUGCUCCGAAAACCAUCACACUAGCGGGGUGAGAGGCUCGAUGAAUGGUCCUUCCGUUGCCAAAAGCUUCGUCAGACGUCUUAGCAAGUACUCGAUGAUUUUGAGGGUUGAAUUCGGCCUGUACCGUGAUCAGCUUCUCGUCAGAGAACACUGUAACCAAGUGUCCUUCAGUGCGCGUGCGCUGUAGGAGCUCUCUUGAUCUUUCGAGCCGUUUCUUGUUUGUAGCUUCCGAGAGAAUGGCUGCUUUUCUUACAUGGUAACAGAUGAGCUUCAGCUUGUCUUUGAGGAUCCUUUCCAUCAAACUUCGACUAAUUUUCAUAUCUUUCGCCAUCUUUCUGAUGCUCCGGACUGAAUUUCUUCUGGUUCUCUCUUUCUCAGCUUUGAUCCGAUCUGGAGUGACGACUGUUGCUUUUCUUGCUCUCCCACAUCUAUCCAAGAACUUGCUGAGCUUUUUGAAACGAAAAAUCAAGUCAUAGACGGUUCUACUUGGGACUGCGAGCCGUUUAAUGAUGUCAACCGGAGCGACUUCUUUUUUGAAAAGGUGCAGAAUCGAAGAGCGAUGUGGAUUCGGUGGUGCCAUUUACCGAAAACAAAACCGAUUGAUCUGAAUUUUGGCAAAAUGGUAAAAAACAUACAAUUAAUCAAAAUUUUAUGUAUUACGAGCAACAGAAUUGCGUUUUCGCCUUGCUGUAUAGCGUCAAACUUUUGUGCGGGUAAUUUUGAGCCACCCUGUACAACUAAUCUAUUUUAAAUUAAUUGAUGAGAAGGAUAUGUUUCACAUGCGACCGUGUAUUUUCAUUUUACGGCGAAAUGAGAAUACUAAGAGAAUUUUAAACUUAUCAAAUGCGUUUUCGGUAAACUCCUUGAGGAGAAAAAUAAGCGUUGAACUUUCAAGAGUCAGCAUAAAAUUACGAAAAAGUACUUAAAUAAACAAAUUCAGAAAGAAUGGCUUCGGGUGAUGAAAGGUUUCCUCAACCAGGAGUCAAGCUCUCACAGUUCCCACAGCUCUCGCAGCUCUACGCGAUAA